AUGGAGAAUCCAGAGAACGAAGUCGCCCAAGUCAUCUAUCUCCUUACACAGUCGCCGCCGCGCGCGCAGCGGGCUGCUAUCGAGAAGUACUUUACGCGCAAUGCCUCGUUCACACAUCCCUUCUGCAGAACGGGCAAGUUCGGCAACUCGCGCGCCCUCAUCGUUGCCAUCUACCGGUGGUACAAGAUCAUGAGUCCAAGAAUCGACCUGCGAGUCAACUCAGUUGCCUUCGACCAGACGAACCUCAUCCUUUACGUCCACAUCUCACAGGUCUUCCGCGUCUGGCUCAUUCCCUUCUACUCAGCGCCUGCGUCUCUCGUCACGGUGCUGCAUCUCGCCCGUGUUCCGGCCUCGCGGUCGGCCGACGAGAAGGGCGAAGCCGGCAGGGCCAAGUACUACAUCACGGCGCAGAAUGACCUCUAUCAAACCAGUGAAUUCGUGCGCUUCUUCUGGCCCGGCGGCUUCUUGUUCGUGUGGAUGUGGCAGCUUGCAGCGACCUUCUUCUGCGUCUUGGGCGCCUUGUUCCUGUCUCCCUUGACUGCGCUUCAGGAGCAUUUCCACCAGGGUGGAGGCCUACGGGGGAAGGACGUGCCAGAGAGUCUGUCGGGAAGGCUCGAGAAGAAGUAUCUGUGA